AUGUAUGAUGAAAAUAAUCCUAUUUAUAAGACAGCUUGUCAUUGGCAGAAUGAAUUGAAGGAAAGUAUAUUUUUUUUGACUUCACAUUUUGUUGUGCCAGCUGUAGAGAAAAGUGAUAGUAAAAUUUGGGAGAAGAAGGAACUAAUUUCAUCAUUACUUUUAGAGGUUAAUGUGGUCGAAUUGGAAUUAGAAAUCGUCAAGAAAAGGGGAAGAUAUAAUGUUUAUCAAAUAGCAAGACGAGGAUAUAAAACAUAUUCAGACAUAGAAUUUGGUCCAGAAGAACAAGAACAGAAGAGAAUUAGAGAUGAUUGUGUAGAUACUACUCCCUAUAUCAAUAUUCAUAUUCCUCCAUCACGUGUGAUUACUCUUCCAGAAGAAUCUAUAAAUCUCAGCUAG